AUGAAUAUACCUCCGAACUAUAAGGUUCGACACGCUGCGGUGGAAGACGCCGAGUUUAUGGACAGAUUGUGGAAGUUUCAGUCAAGUUCCAGUCUCCCUAUGUUGAAAGCUCAAGCUGAGCGUGGUUUGGCCUUUGGAACCUACGUGGAUGGCGAACUGAAAUCUUCGCUUGUCACAUUCAAUUUUGGUCCCCUGGGUGCCCUGGCCACCGCUGAAACUCAUCGUAAGAAGGGUCUGGCCCAAAUGGCUUUAAUCUACGCAGCUAAACAUCUACGCUCUGAGGGUUUGACGCCAUUUGCCUUGAUUGAAACCUUCAACAAACCCUCGUUCGGGUUGUUCAUGAAAGCUGGAUUCACACAUACCCAUAAUGUUACUUGGCUGUGGAAGCGAAGUCAAUAA